AUGGUCUUAGUGGUGGACUCUGCAGCAGCUGCUGUUGAAGGAACUGUUCUUAUCAGAAGCAGUAGUGGCCAACUAAUGCUAGUAUCUCAACAAGCAAUAGCACGAGCUCAGAAUCAGCCACAAAAUAACACAAACGUGAGACCAUCUGUACCAACCAGCACACCUGCAGUCAGAAUAUGUGCCGUACAGGUGAAUGAUGCCUGUAUUGUUACUGCAGGAGUGGGUGUCUUGGUUUAUGUUGGUCAAGAGCAGAACUCUGGCACCCAGUUAUUAAAGAAAGUAGCAGCAACUCCUGUGAAACCAUUAUCUCAAACAACUAAUGCUGUGGCUUCUACUGUUCAGCCACCUGCUGCAAUACAGCUGAAAUAUUCUGUCCUCCUCAUAACCCAGAGGAGAAAUCGGGAAGAAGUCUGGCUUGUACGUAUCUUUGGUGAACACGCGCUUGAAGGAGCCUGGGUUGACCAAGCACUCGUUUGCCUCCCCGUGGUCUUAGAGCUGCUGAGCCUCAUCCUGGAAGAGGCAGUGGUGGUGGCAAAGAUCCUGCAGAGAGCUAUUAAAGUGUUACCAACGCCAGCAGCUGCAACAGCUAGUGUUCCUGCGGUUGCUGCUGUAAAGCCUUCGAGUACUGGAACACCUGUAAAACUUCCAGUUACAGGACCACCUGCACAAGCUGUCUCCCAAAAGGCAGUCUCUGUGAAAGCAGAGGGCACAACAGUAGCACAGACCAGCGCUUCGACAGAGAUGCUAGAGAAUGUGAAGAAAUGCAAGAAUUUUCUUGCUACGCUAAUAAAACUGGCAUCUAGUGGAACUCAAGCCCCUGAGAUGGGGCAGAACGUGAAGAAUCUGGUGCAAAAUCUGUUGGAAGCAAAAAUUGAGCCAGAAGAAUUUACAAAAAAGCUGUAUGUAGAACUCAAGUCAUCUCCACAACCGUAUUUAGUUCCUUUUCUCAAGAAAAGCAUGCUUGCCUUACGGCAGCUGAUGCCCAACGCUCAGAGCUUUAUCCAGCAGUGUCUGCAGCAGCCAGCUCCAACCCAAGAAGCUGUUUCGACCUGCACCUCUGCAGCACCAGCUCCUUCCAUAGCAGUGGCAACCUCAGCUGUAGCAACAACGUCUCUUCCAGUUGUAAAACCAGUGUCUGCCGCUGGAACAGUCACAGCCUCCCCGGUCAUAAAACCAGCCCUUGCCAGCGUGUCGGCGACGGCGUCAGUGCCGGCUGUGAAGCCUGUUCCUGCCUGUGCGGGGGUGACAGCAUCCCUUCGGCCUGCGCCUCCCGUCAGCACCACCGCGACGGCGACGUCAGGACUGACUGCUCUGCAAACGGGCAAGCCAGUCUUCACCUCUGCGGUAGCAACGUCCUCUCUCCAGUCUGCAAAGCCGGUGCUGGUCUCUACGGUGGCAUCUUCAGCCACAACCCCUCUCCAGCCUCUGAAACCAGUCCUGGGAACCCCAAUCAGUAUUAAAAUCUCACAGCCAAGCUCCAUCGUUGCGCAGUCAGUGGGUGCUCGCCAGGUGGUUAAGGUGAAGCAGUUGGUGGUCCAACAGCCAUCAGGAGCCGUUGUAAAGCAAGUGUCCACGCUCCCGCAGCCCUCGGCGCUGGCCCUGCAGACGUCGGCUGAGGAGAGGAUGCCGGUGAACGCGCUUGUUCAAACGAAGCAGUUUCCUGCAGGUUCCAUUCUGAAACAAAUUACCCUGCCAGGAAAUAAAAUUCUGUCGCUUCAAGCUUCUCCUGUUCAGAAAACUAAAAUAAGAGAGAAUGGAGCAACAUCCUUCAGGGAUGAAGAGGACAUAAACGAUGUGACUUCUAUGGCUGGGGUCAAUCUUAGCGAGGAGAGCGUGUGCAUUUUGGCCACAAACUCUGAAGUCAUUGGUACAGUGAUCCGCUCUUGUGCGGAUGAACCUUUUCUCUCCUCGGAAGCACUUCAGAAGAAGAUCUUGAACAUAGGUAAAAGGCAUGACAUUAUGGAACUUAACUCUGAUGUUGUGAACUUGAUCUCCCACGCUACACAGGAGAGAUUACGAGGGCUCCUAGAAAAACUAACUGUAAUUGCUCAGCACAGAGUAUCAACCCACAAGGGGAGCGAUAGCUACAUCGUCUCUAGUGACACCAGAGCACAGCUGAGAUUUCUUGAAAAGCUUGAUCACCUAGAAAAGCAGAGAAAGGAUGAAGAGGAACGUGAAAUGUUGCUUCGAGCAGCCAAGAGCCGUUCCAAUAAAGAAGAUCCCGAGCAACUGCGGUUAAAGCAGAAGGCGAAAGAGAUGCAACAAUUGGAGUUAGCACAAACACAACAAAGAGAAGCCAACCUCACAGCUUUGGCAGCCAUUGGACCAAGGAAGAAAAGACCAUUGGAUUCAUCAAACGUUGGAUCUGGGCCGGAGGGUUUGAAUGGCAACGGAAUUGCUCCUGGAUCAUCGGGUUUUAGCCUUACGAAACAGCUGCUCUGUCCAAGAAUAACCCGUGUCUGUCUCAGGGACUUGAUAUUCUGCAUGGAACAAGAGAGGGAGAUGAAGCACUCUCUAACCUUGUACCGUGCUCUUCUGAAGUGA